CCUUUGUGUCAGCGGGCUAGGUUACUCAGCGUGAGGUCGGCGGCGCCUAGUUGCGGGUACUACCCGUCCCCUCCCCCUCCCGGCCGGGCCCACAGGGAGAGUGACACUCAUCAGGCGGCUCAAGCAGCUCGCAACCGCCAUCCCUCUCGAUAAGCCGUUUGUGGAGGUUAAGAACACACAAAGGGAACAUCUGCUUUUAAGGUUACAGAGGUGCUAAAGCAUGGCUGACUUCGAUCACAAUCUCAGUCUUGCGGAUGCUCUGACAGAACCACCAGCAGAAAUUGAGGAAGAAGUGAAACGAGACUUCAUUGCCACCCUGGAAGCAGAGAAAUUUGAUGAUGUGGUUGGAGAAACAGUGGGUAAAACAGACUAUAUCCCCCUACUGGAUGAUGAUGAUGAUGCAAAGGCUGGGAGCCAGGAACCAAAAAGCAAACCCCACACAGACGGUGGUCAGAUAGAAAGUACUUCAGCUGUUGGACCAGCAGUGUUAGAGAAUGGUGACCAUGGAAUAGAAGAUGACAGUACAGUAUUCCCAAGAGAGAUCACGGGUGAAAGAAUGUCCUACAAAGAGUUUCUGGAUCGCAAUGAGACCUGGGCGAUGGACGAUAGAGAUCUUUGCUUUGAACCACAGUCGAUAUUCAGACCCGUGGAGGGGACAGAGCCCUUCAAGAUGCACAGUGAGGAUGUCCUGUCUGAUCUGCUGCUACGUCCUUCUGCAAUGGAGACUCGCCUACCAUUCACAGAGCAUUUUGAAGCUUCAGAAGAAGUUCAUGCACCCCAUGCAGCUAUGAUGGUACCUGAACUGCCUUCUCUGGGAUCCCCAUAUUCUCCUGCAGAAGUUAUAGAUCCAUCUGCCUUCAUCACCCUGGAUUCAACUACAGAGUCUCUGCUGAAUAUAGAAGCACCCGCAAGAGUGACAGUGCCUGAAGAAAACUGGCUGGGAGCUGAGCAUGCGGUGGAGGGACUAGAUGAAUCUUCCUUUGUAGAGCCACCAGAACCCACCAGGAUAGCUGAUGCAGCAGAACAGUAUUUGCCAGGAAGUCCAGUGGCGGCUGCACCUGCUGCUGUUCCUUCUGCACUAACAGAGCCUACAGGAGAGACCAAAGCUACUGACACACCACAGGUUGAACCAACGGCGCCUGUUCCAGUGAUGGGUGCAGCGCCUGUUCCAGUGAUGGGUGCAGCGCCUGUUCCAGUGAUGGGUGCAGCGCCUGUUCCUGUAGUGGAAGAGCUGAUGAUGUUUGAACCUUCUGUGGAGCAACACAAGUCAGCUCUUAAUGAACCUCCAACAGUAUCAUCUGCCCCAACUGUGAAAAUGGAACAAAAAAUGAUGGUCCCAGAAGCCUCUACUCUUGGUGCAGAUAGUACUCCUGUGCUAGAGAAUGUGGAAGAGAAUAAACCAUCUCCCAGCAAACAUACAGAGCAUCUUCUGAAGCCAAAUGAAGAACUCCCAGAGCUGGCAGUUCCAGUGGAAGCAAAAGAACCAUUGACAUUAAUAGAAACUAAAGAAACCCUUCCAGAACAAACAGCUCCGGCUGCUGACCUGGCCAUAGCAGAAAAGCUGAAGGAAGAGGCUGAGCUUAGUCAUGCCCACCAUACAGAACCUCCACAAAAGAAAUCUCCACUGGAACCUACAGGUGUUCCUACUGCACAAGUAAGGCAAGCUAACAAAUCAAGUGACCGCAGGUUUGGCAGAGCAAAACCUGCAGCAGUGCCUGGUGCAGAUGUCCCUGAGGAACUUCUAGUAGGUCUCCCACAACAGAAGAGUACUGACCCAAAAGCAGACCCCUUUUCUAUGGCAGAACUUGGAUGGGUCUCUGGAACAUUCUCUCGGACUAGGGCACCACAUAAAAAGGCAGCCGGGCAACUACUCAGCAUGCCAUCUGAAUUUGUGGAGAGCCAGAGAGAUGUACCUAGAGAGAGCUGGGAUUCAGAAGGUUCUCCCGUGAUUGUGAAGAAGAAGAAGAAGAAACAGAAACAAAAGAGAAACCAGCAGCCAAGAACAAUGGAGUUGGGGGAUGAAAAUGUAGAAGUUUCUAAAGCUCCCAAAGUUCCUCUCUUUGCUGCUGAACUGCAAAAGCCAGACGUUCCCUUUGUCCUACCUGCUGAAGGUGUCAAAGAGCACUCUACUCACUCAAGAGAGGGCCAGAGGAAGGGAACUUCAAAUGUACCAAGGGAUGCUAAGGCAGGAACUGAAAGCCACCUCGUAGACGAUCAAAAUUUUAUCUCCAGUCCCACAGCAGGCCAGCAGAGCCUGAAAACUGAAGAACCAUUUAAAUUUUUGUUGGGUGCAAAAGCUGGAGAAGUCAUGAAACGGGAAGAAAUGAAAGCUGACAGUUUGUUUCAGUCUAAAAGCAAAAACAAACAGGUACCCUUGGAGAAGCUAGAAUGCAAGGCAGAACACAUUAAGAUGGGGGAUCCUUCAUCAGCACUGACACAAACCAAGCCCAUUGAAAUAAGUUUUGUUGAUAAAAACAAAAAGAUUGAGUGUAAACAUUCAGAGCAUUCAGACCUUAAAGCAUCUCUUUCCAAAGGCAUCAACCUAAAUAAAGUGGAAACUCCUUUGGAGACCAAACCUGUAGAAAUUAGCCUUAUUGAUGAAAAUAAGGAGAUUAAGUGCACAUCUCCCAAGCAUGUAGCAGCAGAUGAGACAGUUCCAAGUGAAGUUCAAACUCCCAGUGGGGCAUUGAUGGGAGAGAAACCAAAGAAAAGAGGUAGUGAUGAAAAAAGCAGAAAGACUGAAAAUGGUUUCUCCAAGCAGCCUGCUGUUUUAGAGAUUAAGACAGAUCCAACCAAUCUUCCUGCUGCAGCAAAGAGAGUCAACAAAACUAAAGAAACAGAUUCCUUUGAUAAAAGCCAAGAGACUGGCUCUAUUACUUCAGAGCCUCCAUUGGAAACUGCAACAGAUAUUACUAAAGUACCCCUUAUACCAUUGGUGUCAGACAAACCUAAAGAGGGCAUUGCUGGGAAAAACAAAAAGGCUGACUUCAGUUUUUCAGAGCAGCCACUUCUUUUGGAGACUAAGACAGAUACAGCCAAACUUCCUGCUCCUGCUGAGACAGUAGACAUAGCUAACAUCGAUUUCACUGAUAAACGCAGGCAGACUGGAUUCGAUCAUCCAACUGUGACAGAUCCCAACAUGGCACUGGUUACAGAUAAACCUAAAAAGAGGGGUAGUGAUGGGAAGAACAAAAAGGUUAAAAAUUCCUCUGAGCAGCCAGUUCUUCUGGAGGCUGAGAGAGAUCCAGACAAACUUCCUGCUGUAGCUAAGACAGCUGGUAAAACUAAAGAAAUAAUCUUUACUGAUGAAGACAAAGAGCCUGGCUUUGCUAUUGCAGAGCAUUCAUUGGAGGAUAUGACAGGUCCCAGUACUGCAAAGGUGGCAGAAAAGCCUAAGAAAAGGACUAGUGAUGGAAAAAACAAAAAGGCUGAAAAAGGUUAUUUCCAGCAGCCAUUUUUUCUGGAGGCUAAGGAAGACACAAGCAGUCUUCCUACUGUAAUGGAGAAGGAUGACAAAACUAAAAAAAUAAGUUUCACUGAUAAAGGUAAAGAGACUGAUUUUACUACCGCAGAUCAUCUGUUGGAGGGUGCAACAGCUACAAUGAAGGUACAAAGUCCCACUACAACACUGGUAACAGAAGAACCAUUUUGGAAAAGUGAAAAGACUGAAUUCAGUAUUUCAGGACAGCUGGAUGUGGCCAAACUUCCUGCUAGUGCUGAGACAAUCAGCAAAACAAAGGAAGAUAGUUUGAAGGAUAAAAGCAAAGAGACUGGAUUUACUACAGAUUCCAGUAGAGCACUGAUGACUGACAAACCUAAAGAGAAGGGCAGUGAUAGGAAAGGCAAAAAAGUUGAAAAAAGUUCUUUUGAGAAGCCUUUUCUUCCGGAGACUAAGACAGACUCAAGCAAGCUUCCUACUGUAGUGGAAAAGGCUGAAAAAAUGAAAGAAAUGGGUUUUGCUGAUAUAGGCAAGGAGCCUAUCUUUACUACAGCAGGGCAUCAACUGGAGAAUUUGACAGAUACAACCAAGGUACAAGUUCCCACUAUGAAACUGAUAACAGAAAAACCUAAAAUAAAGGAAAGUAAUGAAAAAAGUUUCUUUGAACAGCUUGUUCCCUCAGAUUAUAAAAUGGACACAGCACAGUCCGAAACACUCAUCAAAACUAAAGAAACUCCUUUCUCUGAUAAAGGCAAGGAGACUGAUUUUACUACUUUAGAGCGUCUCUUGGAGGAUAUAAGAGAUACAGCUAAGGCACACAUUCCCAUGACAGAACUGGUGGCAGACAAACCUAAGAAGAGGUGUAGUGAUGGGAAAAGCAAAAAGAUUGAAAAUAGUGCUGAGCACCUUGCUGUCUUGGAGGCAAAGACAGACUCCGUUAAACUUCCUGCAGUAGUCAAGGAGGCCAAUAAAAUUAAAGAAACUCACUCCACUGAUAAAGGCCAGGAGACUCAAUUUACUACUUCAGAGCAUCUGUUGGAAGAUAUAACAGAUACAGCUAAAAUACAAACUCCCAUUAUACCAUUGGUGACAGGAAAACCAAAAGAGAAUAAUAAGGGGAACAGCACAAAGGCUGAUGUUGGUUUGGAGAAGCCAUUUCUUUUGGAGACUAAAGUAGAUGCAGCCACACUUCCUGGUGGUGCUGAUGAGAUAGUCGACAAAACUGAAGCUUUAAGUUCCACUGAUGAAAGCAAGGUGGCUGGAUUUACUAUUUUAGAACAUCAAACGAUGACAGAUCCCAGUCCAGCACUGGUGACCAAUAAGUCUAAAAAGAGGGGUAAUGAUGGAAAAAACAGAAAGACUAAAAAUGCCUCUGAGCAGCCAGUUCUUCUGGAGACUAAGACCGACAAAAGCAAAAUACAACCUCCCAUAGUACCCGAUCUGGAGUACCAAAUGGAAGGAAUGGGUCUUGUAGAUGAAAACCAAAAUAUUAAAAAUUUCCCCUCUGAGCAUCAAAUGCUUUGGGAUAAUAAGGGUCACUUGUUCACACCCUUCACUCAGUCUGGAGCAGUUGGUGUUGACAGAGUUGGCAAAGCUUGUUCUAUAGACAAAAAUCAAGGGCUUGCCAGUAUCUUUCCAGAGUAUCCAGUAAAGUAUGAAGGAAGUAAGGUGCCAGUGCCUCCUGCAGUGGUUUUGGAGGGCACCAACAAAGAGUCAGGCACAGGUGACAAAAGGGAGAAAAAUAAACACAGCCAUUAUGAGCAUUCAGUCAAACUGGAAGGUGAAGAUGCUGGCGUACAGGCUUUCACUUCAGUGAAGGAGGGUGAUAAAAUCAAAGUGACUAGUGCUGGGGAUAAGAAGAAGAAAGGUAAACGGCCUUCCUUGGAUUCUCCAGUUAAACAGGAUGCCAAGGCAAGAAGGGAUGAAGUGCAUACUUCCAUUUUAGCAGAGAUUGAUGACAAAGAAAUAAGUUUCAUUGGUGAAAAGCAAAGCACUGAAUGUGCUUCCUUGGAGCAUCUGGUGAAAGAGACAGAUGCCAUGAAGGGAACAAUUCCCACAGAUGCCAAAGUGAUGGACAAAAUGGAAGGAAGUAGCUCUGCUGGUGAGAAGGAUGUUGGAUGCGUUUCUCCGGAACUUACAGUGCAAUGGGAGAAUAAAACAGAAGCAGUUGUUCUGCAGGUUCUAGCUACAGCAGAGGUGGUGAACAAGGCUAAAGAGGCUGAGCUGGGUGAACAAAGCUUCUCUGAAAUCCCAGUUAGUUUAGAAAAAAAGACAGAUGCAGCUGAGGUUGCUAGUGUGACUCUGAGAGAUGCCCAAACAGAGGAAAUCAGUCCUACUGAUAAAAUUAAAGGCCAUUCUGAACACUCAGAAGGUGAUGCUGCUGACAAGAUGAAGGCUGGCCUGAAGGACUUCCAAGCUUUGAAGUCUGAAGAGGAUAAAUAUGCAGACUUACCUCAGAAACAGAUAGAUGGUUCUGGACAAAAAGUGGUGAAAGAGACAAAGAAAGAGGAGAGAGUCAAAGCUAUGGAACAGAUAAAAGGCUACAUGAGACCCACAAAGUCAAGAGGGCUUCCUACUCCACCACCAAGGCCUGCUGUCCAAGAUCGAGAGAAACCAAGGCAGCUGAAAGCCAAUGGUAUGAGUCGGCAAAGGCAAGAGAAAGAGUUCCACAUUGUCAGCAUGAAUGAUACAGCUGCUAAAUUUAAUAAAUAUGGAGCCCAAAUCAGCCUUAACAUUCUGCUGCCACUCUUUCAAGAACCGCUAGAACUAGAAACCAGUGCUUUGAACAUUAGAAAACAUGGAAUUUUUCUGAUUGAAGUGAUGGGGAAGCAACAUAAGGUGGUAUUACAGCUACGAGAGGGAGAGAAGCAGUCAGAGAUGUCUCUCUCAAACAAGCAGCCUGCAUCUCUCUCAGAAUACAGCCAGCUGUGCAAAGCCAAGAACACAGAUAGCUUUUCAGAAGCCUACCACUGCAUGGACUCCCAGAAAGACUUCGGCAAAACUAAAUUUGAAUGGCAGAGGACUGAGGGAAAGCUUAAUGAAAUUGGGCUAAAUGUAAACUCAGGGGGACAGAUUAAAGAUGGGCUUGUUAAAAACGCUGGCUUCACAGAUGAGGAUAAGCUCUGCUUCUUUGAAGGAAAGCUGGACAAAGAGCUGAAAAUAGCUCAGAAAGACAAAAGAGAAAUUGAGAUGCAGGGCAAAAAAUACCAGGCAGCUCCAGGUCACCUUGAAAACUGGUCUUUGAUUUCUGAAGCAUUUCCUUCUGCAGAAGGAAACUUGGCAAACCCCAAAACUACAGAUUUCCAUUUGGGGCAGGCAGGAGCUGAGAGACCUUGCGCUGGGCUGGGAAAAAAUGAAGCCAUCACCGAUCAGGAGAAAGCAGCAGGUAAGAGUGGGAUGGAAACCAAGUGCCAGCAAGAACAAAAUCUGCCCAACCUGUCUGUGUCAGAGAGUGAUCCUGACAAAUACAUGAAGGAGCAGGAGAUUAGUGUGUGGAAUCCAAAUUUCAACCCUAUCCUGCCUAACAAUUCAGGGUCUAAAGAGGGGACUGUGAAAAAAGAUGGAUCCCCUAGCUAUUGUGUAAUAGGGGUAGUUAAUGAUAACUAUCUACAGAGUGGAUUUUCUUCUGCCCUGACUGCAUCUAAUCCAAAACCUCCAACUACGACAAUAGAGCUUGCACAGGAUGACUCCAAAAGUAGCUAUUUCAAUAAUAUCAGUGAACUGGAGGAAGAAGGAUUUAUGGCUGAGAUGGAGGAAAAGCUGAGCUGUGCAGAUGAAGGCAAUUUCCUGAACAGAGCUGCUCACCAAAGGAAGGCAAUGAGGCGUGCAAUGUCAGAAUGCUCCCACUUGUCUGUGCCCCAGACUCUUAAUUUGGCAGACAAAUACCCUGAGCCAUUGGUUAGAGAAGACCUUGCUACUGGCCUUCUCUCUCCUACUAGCAAUCUGACCCAGAGCUCAAGCCCCAUUACCAGAAAGCCAGGCGCUCCAAUGAAAAGGUCAAUGACUGUGUCAGAAGAGCAAACAUCUGUCUAUAGCCUGGGCGCUGAACAGAACAAUGCGGAGUUGCCUAGCCUGACUGUGAAGGAGCAUCAGUGCCUUCUUACAGAGGAGCCAGCUGCUAAGAAGAGAGAGGAGUGGAACAGCGGCAGUAGCACCUCUGUCAAGAAAGAGCUGGGCAGCCCAGGGUUGUAUCACAGCAAACUGGAGCAAAUCCCUGAAAUCAGCAGCCACGACAAAGGGAGGGAGGAGGCGGCAGCAGCAAACAGGGACAAGAGAAAUGUCAUUGAUGAAGCUGCUAGCCUUGACUCUCCGAGAAGCAGAGGCAGUGAGAUGGAAUCCAGCAAAACUGGUCCACUGGAAAGAAAAGAAAUUGAGGUCAGCGAUGUGCAGAGCACUCCAUCUUCCCAGCAAGGAGUUCUACCACGUGAUGCAAAACCAGAAGAGAUAAAACCAGUGGAGCUUGUGACGGGAAGUGACAUCACAGCACCCCCAAACAAAGAGCUUCCUCCAAGCCCUGAGAAGAAGACCAAGCCUUCAGCAUCCACACCAUCAGCAAAACCUGCAGCAACGAAAACCAAGCCACUGUCCACUACAAGCCCCAAGCGGCCAGCUUCUGCCACACCUGGCCAAAACAAAAAACCCACCAGCCCUACUGCAGGUCCUACUUCGGCCACUACUCCCAAACGCCCAGCCACCAGUACUACACGUCCCUCCACUUUAACUCCUAAAGACACUAAACCAAAGGUAACAGACGCGAAGAGCCCAGACAAACGGACCUCACUUUCAAAGCCACUGUCUGCUACGACACCUCGAGCUGCUGUAAAGGUCAGCCCUGCCACGCCCAGGACAACUGCAGCGUCUCCAGUUACAACAGCCUCCGGUCCGAGAAACACUGCUGCUUCCCCACCCAAAAGGCCAACGUCUAUUAAGACUGAAACAAAGCUUGCAGAUGCCAGGAAGACCACUGCGAAGUCACCAUCAGCAGACCUGAGCCGCCCAAAGAGUGCGCCUGCAAACUCUGCGAAGAGCAGCACCACUACCCCUACUGCUACAACCCCAGGUACUCCUGCCUCACCUGGAGUCGCCACUAGCCGCCCCAAACCCAAGCCAGCUGCAGCCAGACCCACCACAGCAUCAAGUGCAACUCCAGAAGCUAAAAAACCAUCAACAGUUAAAGCUCCACUUAAAACCAGCACUGUUCCCAAGCCGCCUCGCCCAACCAGCAGUGUUUCUGCCCCUGACCUGAAGAACAUACGAUCCAAAAUUGGAUCAACAGAUAACAUUAAACACCAACCAGGUGGAGGAAGGGCUAAAGUAGAGAAAAAACCAGAAUCAGCCGGUGCUGCACGAAAGUCUGAACCCAAUGCAGUCUCUAAAAUGGCUACUACUAAAACAACUGUAACAAAAGAGGGGGCACAAAAGCAGCCCAAUGGGAAAGUCCAGAUAGUCUCCAAAAAAGCGAACUACAGCCAUGUUCAGUCCAAGUGUGGUUCCAAGGACAAUAUUAAGCAUGUCCCUGGAGGUGGGAAUGUGCAGAUCCAGAGCAAGAAAGUUGACAUUUCCAAAGUGUCCUCAAAGUGUGGCUCUAAAACGAAUAUAAAACACAAGCCAGGGGGAGGAGAUGUCAAAAUCGAGAACCAGAAGCUGAACUUCAAGGAGAAGGCGCAGGCAAAAGUGGGCUCUCUGGACAACGUCGGACACGUGCCAGCAGGAGGCACGGUGAAGCCUGAGGGGAGCGAAGAGGCAGCGCUGCUGGCUCAGGCCCCUCAGAAUGGAGAUGUGGCAGCGCCCCAGGCAGACAGUGAAAUGCGGGAGAAUGGAGUCGGGCCGACGGCGCCCGCUGUGGGUGGUGGUGACCAAAGGGAAGUUCAGAGCUUCGGCACUCAGAUCCAAGAAACAAAUUGAAUGCCACAAACUGACGUUCCGUGAGAAGGCCAAGGCUCGCACGGACCACGGAGCAGACAUCGUCGUCUCCAAAUCCCCCAACCUUUCCAGCAGCACUUCCCCCUGGUGUAGCACGUCCGUCAGCGAGAGCCUGGGCUCCAUCACCUCCUCGUCACCGUGGCAACAGCCAGCUCCCCAUGCAAACGACCUUUCUGCAGUGCUUGUUCAGCAAGGCUUGUGACUGUCCCCACCCACCCCGUCUCCCAUGUGCUUCUCAGCUUGGAUCCCUUAACCUGGCACUUGGCUUUAGGUGGGAAGGGGACAGCGUUUUAGCAGGGCUAGCUUCCCUUUCAGUGGUGCUGUCUAUCAACAGGGAAACGUAGUUGUUCACCCAGACAGCCCAGGAAUCAGGUUCAUUUCAUCGUGACACUGGCUCCGCCUGCCCCAGUGUGUCUCAGGCUCUGGUGAUCCCGUGUUGGGUGGAAAGGGGAUCCUUUCCUCGCCUCACCUCCAAUCCUCUUGCUCUUAGGAGGACACCAGCGUGAGUCUGAAUGACGUGUUUCUUAGGGACAGGCAGCUGGAGACCUCUAGACUAAAUGUGCUUAAAGCCACUUCUCAUUCUGGGGAGGGCGCAAGCCUCAUUCUAUGGCUGCGUUUGGGCGGAAGUGGUGGGGCUGCGCUACGAGUGGCCAAAGCCAGGCCGGAGUUAAUGGGGAUAAGCUGUGAUCUUUCUCUUUUUUAACUUUUCCUCCUGCUGCUUCAGUUUCGGCUGUUCCUAUUUAAUGAUUAUCGAUAUUAUACACACACAUUAGGCUGUUUUAACUGUUGACUUUAACCAUUUCAUUUUUUUUUUUUGUGACGAAGUGUUGAUGAUUUAUUGUGCUAUGACCAUGCUAAGUUUCCUUUUCUCUCUUUCCUUCUUUUCCUAACCAUAGGAAUAAAGACAUUAACCGCUGCUGCAGUGCUGGCUUCUUAUCGACAUAUCCAGCAAUUGUAACUGUUGUUUUUCUUUGUGUUGUUUUAUUUUAAAUAUUUUAAAAUGAUGGAGCAAAUUCAUGGGAUUAAGCCAUGUCUGAAAGGAAAGGCAUAAGAAUGUGCUUUUAAAAAAAAUCUCUUGCUGUAACAGUUCAACUAAGCCUUGUAUUGACUGCAACAAGCGAUGCUAAGGGGAUGCUUAGAGAACCUCCUAUCAGGGUCAAUAACCAAGCCCUGGAGGGAUUAACAAAGGGCGCAAAGUAUAUUUAUUAACUCGAAUAGCCACAGACCGUUUGUUGAUUGUUUUUCUUUGCCAUGGUAUCAGGCCAGAGUUAGGGUAUCAGGCCAGGGAGCUGCUUCGAGAACAGUAUGUUGCAGGUUAAUGCAGGGUGUGAGUUCUGAGGCAAGGGAUCCAGUGUGAUGUGUAUUAUUUUUAACAAAGGUUAAAUGUAGGGGUAAAGAGAUUACCUGGCUAGAUGCAAUCUGGUGGGAGGCUAGGAUGGGGAAGAAAUGAAAGGCUGCCUCUCAUCCGGGGAGCCAGAGAGGGAGAGCUGAAUGUCUGGGAAGGGUUGGGAGGGGUAGAGUAGGCAGGCUUACAAUACGAAGGCGUUACAGCCCUGGCUCAUCAAGAGAUCACACACCAUUGUGCUUUGAGCUCCUUGUUUUAUGUUGCGAACGACACUAAAGAAACAAAAUGUAUAUUAAAAAAAACUGGUGGUCUUGAGUCAUCAAACUAACUUUAAAGCAAAAAGCAUAAUAACAAAAUACAGGGAUCAAAGUUAACUGAAGACAGACUUCUGCUAAGGGGGCUGGCCUACUUGAAGUAGGGGGGGGGCAGAGAGGAGCCCACAUCUUCCCCUGCUUGUGGGAAUAUUUCUCUUUGGGAAGCUGACAAUGACACGGUAACCCAGAAUCUGUAUUUACACACGAAGAUUCUUAUUGCACUUGUAUUUUUUUAUAUUAAAGUUUGCAUGAUUUCUAAUAAAAUGGCAUUAAAAUGUAAUAGUUUGCAUCCAAGUGGUCUGCUAGUCUUGUAAGUGCUUUUUCCUCUAAAUACAAAAUUGAAUAAACAAUGCAGAUUUGCACCUGAAAGGGGCUGUUAUAUAUACCCUGUUCUCUCCAUAAAACUCCCUCUGUUCCCCUCUUCCCCAUCACUACCACCUUUCCUCUCCAAUUCAUGCCACACGCACUCUGCCCUAAGACCAGGGAGAAGUUGCUGGGCUCAUCAAAUUCUCCUGCCCCCUGUGCUUGAAAGUUCCACAUAGUUGUUUACAUCUCUCAAUGCUUGUUUUGAGGGCCCAUCCUGGUUAAUAUUCUCGUAACCCUCUUUGUUCUUUCCUCCAACGUUUACCUUGCUCUGGAGAGGUGGCCGCUGGAGAUGUAGGGCUGAGGCUGCCCAGCCAGAGGCAGCCGGGGCAGCACCAUAUCCAGUAAGCCAGUAAUAGCCAGCCCGUCCAUUGAAAGACUGCUCCCAGGGGGGUGGAUUAAGAGGUGGCCCCAUAGCCAGUUGCUCUUGUUGUCCUGCUACCUCAGUAAGGGAGGAGAACGUAUUUAUGUCAAGCAUCCCCCCAGGGUAAGAUGGUAGAAUUGCGUUGUGAUGCCCUGAGGCACCGUGACAGCUGCUCUGGCUCUGCAGGUGCUGGCUCAGCUCUUUCCUGACGUUCAUAGAGACCCAUCCACCUGCAUGUACCCCUCCCGGUAUAUAUCACUGCCCCUUCUCUGAUGCUUCCUACGUUUUGUUACUAAAUUCUAAACACCAGCAAGAUCUCUUUAAAUCUGUGAAUUGGGAUUGAGCGGGAAGGGGGUAUUUGAGCAAGAGACAUGGUUUCAAGAGGGAAGGUUAAUCCCCUUAACAGGAAAAGGCACAGACUUUGUUUCCCAAAGCAAUAAUGGAAGUUUGCUCUGAAAUAGGAGACCUGACAGGGCUGCACUGGCUGGCGCAUUUCUGCAGUAGGGUAGGUGCACAUCACCCAAUGACAAUCUCUCAGUCCCGUGUCUGCAGGUAUGUGGAGCUUCAGCUAAAUUCCUGUUUAACACCAGAUGCUGGGAUUGGUGGUAAUCUGAAGUCCGGCUUGGGACUCCCCUCCAGACCCAGGAGUUGAGAAAUGUGCACUAAUGAGUGAGGUUCCUGUGAGGGAGCAGCUGAUAACAGACUCCAGCCACGUGCUCCAGAUACAUAUGGCCAACGCUCAUUUGUUUUCUUCUGAAUGACUCGGAGAGAGGUGGAAGCUGAAAUAUCAUGUUCUUUUCACUGCAUGCUGCUAGACACCGCAGGGAAGAGUAAAGCCAUUGAGGCAGGAUGUGUCUGAUGGGCCUUUUUACUGAUGUCAUAGGGCGGCGAGUGUUUAGUUUGGGGGCUCCGAUAGGAAGGCAGAUAGCAACAUUGCACUUUAUGUUCUGAGAUUACAAAAAAAGAAAAAAACCUGUUUUGCCAAGAGUUAAGUUUUACCUCCUCCCCAUCCCUCUUGAUUGCUUUUCUCUGAGGAACUGGUCGGUCGAUAAGCUUACACAGCAUCGUAAGGUGGCCGCAGAGUGAAGGCCUAUCUUGAAAUGUGCACAAACCAUCCCAAACUCUCACAGGUUUCAGCUGAGCGCUAAGAGCUCUCUGUGCUUCUGUGCCACUUCUCUCUAACACUUGUUGUGCCUGUGUUUAGGUGACAGACUAGAUCCAGAUAUACCAGUUUGGUUUUGCUAGGACAGCUUCAGUUUUACUAAGAAUUUUGUAUUUUAUUUUAAAGAAAUAGCUGUAAGUAUUGCUCACCUGGGAAUAGUUGUGUGUGGUUGAAAUGGCUGUGAUUUCCUAUAUGGAGGGAUGGGAGCAAGUGCUGAGUUACGCUGAGACCUGAAAAUGAAAGCUGCGGGAAAUGUUACUGGCUAUUCUGCAGCAGGUUGGAAAAUCUCUGCGAGAAGCUGAAAAUCCCGUUAGUCCUGGUUUGCCUUUAAAUAUUUGGGACAUUGACCCGCUAAUUGAAAACUCCUGAGCUGUUGCCCCUCACGGCUCAAUGCUGCUUCCAUUGCAGUCAGCCACUGACUCCUGUGGGAGCAGGAUCGGCCCCCGUGCGGGGAAAGGCUUCUGAGCCAUGUUGACUUGCGCUGUGCGAAGGAGCCAGAGUUUCUCUCUUCAGCUGCAUCUUCUCCAGAUGACACAUGUAAAACAGAAGGCUUCUUGUGAGCCGGGCUCCUCCUCCAAGACAUCAGGGAUGCCAGUUGGGUGGGGUUCAACUGGCAGAAGGCAGCGUAACGCCAGGGAUCUGUGUGUAUUCUUGUUAGGGUUGAUCCUAGGACUAUGUGGUAAAUAAAUUCCAUUUUGAAAAGUAGUGAGUUGAGUCUGAAUUAAAUGUGGCUUGAAUGUAAAUGUUCCUGGCCUGAGAGGCCCUUGUAGACGCAGGGAAUUCCUCUGGUUUCUCAGGUAUCUGCAGGAAGCUGGCAUGGCUUGGCACAGCCAGGGGACAGGUGGGGUGGGGUUAGCGUUCUUUUCCCUGGUGGCAGUUGGGUUGGGUUUCAUAAGCACGUCUGACAGGAAACUUUAGACUACAAUGGACUUGACUCACGAUGGAUGGGGCAUAAAAUCAGCCUGCCGCCGUGGUCUCGGUGCUGAGCAGCCCCGUCUCAGAGUGUGAUGGGCUGGAAAUGGAGAUGCGCCCUGCUAGCAAGAGCAGCUCCAUUGUCGCCACGGCAAGGCUAGAUGGGAAUGUGUCCCCUAGGGCCAUGACAGCUCUCACCUCUGGGGGAAAAGGAAUCUUUUUCUGGGCUUGUGGUCAGUGCUGGGAUUGGCUUUGAGAAGUCUGUAAUGGCUGAAGUGGUGAAAGGCUCCGGUGAGGUUAAUAGGCUCUUUGGAAAGUGACUCCUGCAGGAGCUGGGAGGUUCCUUUUCUGUGCCGACUCUUGGUUCCGCCUUCCAUACUUGAGCUCUCUAACGCACCAGCCUGUUGCAUUGGGAUGCAGUCAGGCAUCGGUGGGAGCGGCUGGGGCUGGCUUCUCAGUGCCUGGGGACUGUUUAGUUGACAGUGGAGCCUUGCAUCCCAUUGCACAUCAGUGACAUACACAGUUCAGUGGGGCUUUAAUACUGUAAAACAAAGGACAUUCAAAUGAAGUGGAUGGACUCAAGGCCACAACAGCAGAAGGCUGCAUGGUCUGGCUGCAUUGGCCUUUGCUGUUACGGGGCUGCAUGUGUUCUGCUGUGCAGCUCCUGCCCCAGAGGCUGGGUUACAGCCUGAAUGUGCCUCCCGUUGUCAUUCUUGGUCCUAUACUGCUAAUUGAAUGUAGUUCUCUGUGCUGACCCUUGCUGUCGUCCCCUGUACACAGCGUAGUGCGUCAGUGUGAGUGAAGCUCUAGACUAGAACCAUUGUGUGUUUGGUGUCCUCUGAGCAGAAUUUUGUUCUCUGACGUGAUUGAAACACGGCUACUCAGUGUCUUCCAGAUUCUCGAACUGCCAGGAUGUCCCAUGUUCUACCACAGGUGACAGAAGGAAGGAAAAGGCCAAGACCUCUUUAGCCUCAGGCCAUUUCCUUUUUAGUGCUUUUGCUGGAGCACUGUGCGAAGGCUCAGGAGGAGGAGUAACCAGUUAGUUGGCUGGAGAACAGUGUUGUCUUUUUGGGGUGGAAGAAAUGCCAUUCUGCCCAAGUCUGUGCAGUGGUGGUGUCGCCGUGUUGGUCCCAGGAUAUUGGAGACACAAGGUGGGUGAAGUCGCAUCUUUUAUUGGGCUGACUUCAGAGCAUAAAAGCUUGUCUCUCACCAACAGAAGUUGGUCCAAUAAAAGAUACGAACUCCCCCACAGACAUUGUCACUCCACCCAAGGGCAGUUUCAGAGUGGGCGGGGGGCGGGGGGGCAGGGGGGAAAUUCACAGGAAGAUUCUUUGCUUCACGGAGGAGUUUGACAAGCAGUAGAAGCCAAGAUAAAUAUAGAACUAUGGAAGAAAGCUGUGGAAAGCAUCCUCCACCUUUUGUUGCCCUUUGCCACUGAUGAUCUAGCUACAAUAUAUAUUUUCCUUUUCACAAAAAUCUCUCUCACACUGGAUGCCAUCCUGUAUUAAGAUCACUCAAGACUCCUUUAUUCCAGCCCUCUGCUGACUUCCCUUUCUGGCACUUGAAGGCUCAGUAAUCCCUUAACAUAGGUACAUGGUGGAAAAAGCAUAGAAGGAAAGUGAAGGGGGUGGACUGAGAGGCAGGUAUGCUCUGAGCACAGGACUAGGAGCAAGGACCACUGGAGUUCUAAUCAUGGCUUCAAUACUGUCUCCCUCUGUAGUCUUGGGAAAUCACGUAACCUCUUGCGCUCAGUUUCCUCAUCUGCAAAAUGGGGGCAAUAAUAGUUACCUCGCAGUGGAGGUGUGAGGGAUGAUCAGUGUAUAAGGUGCUCUCUAAGGGUUAAGUAUUAACAUUUUUGUGUUGUAGGAAUAUUAUACAGAGGUUCCUUGCGCAUCACUUGAGAUGCACCAUAAUGACCGAGGAGAGCACGGAGCUGUCCAGCUUUGGCAGCGACUGUGCAGUCAACUGUUGCUGUAAUGUUGAGUGAUACAAAUAUUUCUAUAAUCUAGAGGGUGCUGAUGGGGAGGGGAGGGGGGGAGAUUAUUGCAUGGAUGUAAAGUCUGAGACUCCGGCUACUAGGGGGAGUGCAAACCCCUGGUACUGACGCCAGGGAGUGAAUUCGUACUGGUUUACUUCUGCCUCUGUUUCACCCUCCUUGUUGACUGUACAAGACUGGUGUCUCCAUUAGCAACAUUUCCUGAUUUGACGUUGUGAUUCUUACUAUUGUAAAGGAUUGAAAUAAAGCUUCUAGAUGUUCAACCUUG